AUGUUCUCGAUAGCAAGACUCGAGGAGGAACGCGGCGACCCGGUGAAGGCGGGCGAUGCCUACGCCGAUUGGAAGCGAGAGUACCCCCUCAGCCGCUGGUCGGUCCUGGCCCGCAACCGGGUGAUCUCCUUGCGGGCCACCGGCGCGCUUGACGCCCAUACCGUAUUCCUAGACGUGACAUUCUCCUCGACAUCGGACUUCGAGCCAUUUCUGAGACUGUCGUGGCGACGCGAGGAGCACGUCGUGGUCCGCCGGGGCGUCGGGGACAACGACAAUGAGUGCAGGAGCUUUUCCCAAGUCGACGGCUAUCAGAGUGAGCAUCCCGACAUCAGCGAUGCAGCGGUGGUCGCGCUCGCCCAAGGUGCCCUCAUCGACAUCGUCGUAUACGCCGUCAGCUACGGGCUCGAUCGCGGCCAGAGACUCUACAGCAGGCCAGUGCUCGCGUACCUGAACGUCGCGCUGACUUACGUGGCGGUCGCCAUGGGCUGCGCGAUCCUGGUGUUCUACGUGGCACGCCGGCGGACCCCGGGCCGCUUCUGGGGCGCGCUGAUCAUCGGCCUGAUCGGCGCCGUGCUCGGCGGCAUCGCCGAUCAGUUCCUUGCCGGCGUGUUCGAGCGGCUCACCGACGUCAAUACCGUCAAUCUGUUUGCGGCCGCCGGCGCCUCGCUGCUGUGCAUCUGGCUGCUUUCCAAGGUCGGCCAGUCCACACGUGGCCCAAGGGAAACACACCGGCGCAGCCCCUGA